AUGGCGCCCUUGAAGCUCAUCUCUCCCAUCUCUUCGUUUCUCAUCAACAAUGGGCCGUUUCGACGCCAGAGAUCUCGUGCAGUCCAACCAGCCCAUCCCGAGCCCGAGUCCGACGAGACACACCCGCAAGCUUCUUAUGAAAGAUGGGAUUUCCCACGCAUCAAUAUUGCCAAACUAGGCGCGAUAUUCUGGUGUUUCCUGCUUGUGGGUAGCAAUGACAGUUCUUACGGUGUUCUCAUCCCGCAGAUUGAGGAGUACUACGGCAUCACUUACCUCCAAGUAUCGCUCAUCUUCCUAUCCCCCGUGUUGGGCUUCAUCAUCAGCACGGUAUCGAACCACGCCGUCCAUUUACGCCAUGGCAAGCGUGGAGUCAUCAUCAUGGCCGGGACUUGUCAUGUCACGGCGUACCUCGUCGGUUGCUUCCACCCGCCGUUCCCAGUUCUCGUUGUCGUCUACAUCCUCGUCGGCCUCGGCUCAGGCGCCAAGACCGCUGCCUGGAACUCAUUUGUUGGAGGUUUCCAGAACUCGAAUGAGCUUCUAGGCCUCUUGCACGGCUUUUACGGGAUAGGUGCGACUAUUACUCCCGUCACCGCCAGUGCAUUGUUCUCCCAAUACGGCUGGCAUUGGUACCAGAUAUACUAUGUCUUGGUUGCGAUGGCUGCUUCGGAGUUCAUUCUCACCCUGUCUCUCUUUUAUUCGCAGAAUGGGAAGACAUAUCGAGAGGAGAUUGGCGAGUCUCGGGGACAGCAAGAAACAACAGAGGUCCCCUUGCAGGCGAUGCCGCUUGGUGAGAAUGCAGGCCGCCCGCCCCUGAGGCGAAACCCUCCUUCGAGGGUCUUCAAGGCUGCCAGAAGCUUCAGGACCAGUAACACGUGGAACUGCCUCAAAAACAAGGUUGUUCUCGUUUGCAGUGUGUUCCUUCUGGCAUAUGUCGGGUCCGAGGUCGCUCUUGGAGGUUGGCUUGUGACUUUCAUGAUUGAUGUGCGCGGCGGCUCCGCCUUUGCGUCAGGACUUACUGCCAGUGGUUUCUGGGCUGGAAUCACUGUCGGCCGGAUCAUUCUUGGCUUUGUCACUGGACGGGUAUUCAAGUCUGAGAAGCAUGCCGUGACUGUGUAUUUGGUCUGUGCCAUCAUCAUGCAAGUUUUGUACUGGCUCAUCCCCAACUUCAUCUCUUCGGCGAUCAUUGUUGCGCUCCUAGGUAUAAUUCCUCCUUCUAAAAACUGA